CACAACACAGAAACUGAGAUAUACAACAAACACAACAAGAACAACACUACUUGUGUUUGUUUUUCCUUUGUUUUCACGUUAUUGUAAAAAUUCAUACUCACUAUGGAUCCAGUGAGUGAGUGGGGAAACACGCCGUUGAUAACGGUAGAUCCAGAAAUCCACGACCUAAUCGAAAAAGAGAAACGCCGUCAAUGCCGCGGUAUCGAACUCAUAGCCUCAGAAAAUUUCACCUCCUUCGCAGUAAUCGAGGCUCUAGGAAGCGCCCUCACUAACAAAUACUCCGAAGGAAUGCCCGGUAACCGUUACUACGGCGGUAACGAAUUCAUCGACCAGAUCGAAAACCUCUGUCGCUCACGCGCUCUCGAAGCGUUUCACCUCGACGCAACAAAUUGGGGAGUUAACGUUCAACCUUACUCCGGUUCACCGGCGAAUUUCGCCGCUUACACGGCGGUGCUUCAGCCUCAUGACCGUAUCAUGGGACUGGAUCUACCUUCCGGUGGACAUUUAACACAUGGAUACUAUACUUCCGGUGGGAAGAAAAUUUCUGCUACUUCGAUUUACUUUGAGAGUUUGCCUUAUAAGGUGAAUUCGAGUACGGGAUUUAUUGAUUAUGAUAGGUUGGAGGAAAAAGCUUUGGAUUUUAGACCUAAAUUGAUAAUUUGUGGUGGUAGUGCUUACCCUAGGGAUUGGGAUUAUGGAAGGUUUAGACAAGUUGCUGAUAAGUGUGGUGCACUUUUGUUAUGUGAUAUGGCUCACAUUAGUGGACUUGUUGCUGCUCAGGAAGCUAAUAAUCCCUUUGAGUACUGUGACAUUGUCACAACAACAACCCACAAGAGCUUAAGGGGCCCCAGGGCUGGUAUGAUCUUCUACCGGAAGGGACCUAAGCCACCCAAGAAGGGUCAGCCCGAGAAUGCAGUUUAUGAUUUUGAAGACAAAAUCAACUUUGCUGUUUUCCCCUCCCUUCAGGGUGGUCCUCACAACCACCAGAUUGGUGCCCUUGCUGUUGCUUUGAAACAGGCCACGACGCCCGGAUUCAAGGCAUAUGCCAAGCAAGUUAAGGCCAAUGCAGUUGCACUUGGAAAUUACUUGAUCAGCAAGGGAUACAGCCUUGUCACUGGAGGAACUGAAAAUCAUCUUGUCUUGUGGGAUCUUCGCCCUCUUGGCUUGACCGGCAAUAAGGUGGAAAAACUUUGUGAUCUAUGUAACAUCACUGUGAACAAGAAUGCUGUUUUUGGUGAUAGCAGUGCCUUGGCUCCUGGAGGAGUAAGGAUUGGUGCCCCAGCUAUGACUUCUAGGGGUUUGGUUGAGAAGGACUUUGAGCAGAUCGCAGAGUUCCUUCACCGCGCAGUGGUUCUCACUUUAGAUAUUCAAAAGGAAUAUGGAAAACUUUUGAAGGAUUUCAACAAGGGAUUGGUGAACAACAAAGCUAUAGAAGACCUCAAAGCUGAUGUUGAGAAGUUUUCGGCCUCAUUCGACAUGCCUGGAUUCCUAGUAUCUGAGCUGAAGUACAAGGAUUAGGUUGAGCAUACAACUGUCUUCCAAAAUGACUCGAAGUCCUGAAUCUUGGGCAAGAUAUGGAGGUGGAGAUAAAUGCUCCCAUUUUGGGGGUCACAUUAACUAGCUCAGUUGUUUUUCGGUUCAAUUUUAAGUUCCCGUGUUUGUGUGUUGUUGUAUGUGUCUGUAUCCAUGAUAUCAUAUUUUCUUUAUAACAAAGUGGAAGAAGAAAGUUAUUCUGGACGGUUUUAUCCGUUUAUCUUGUUGAACUGGGCCUAAAUUGGACUAAUAAUCUAUUAAUUAAUUCAAUUUGUUAUGAUA